GCCGUCUACACGUCAUCUAUAGCGUCCAUCUGAAAGAUGAAUGGGAGAAAGGCGGAGAACGGUGACGGGCGGAGCCCCCCGAAACCCAAUGACCCAGGUUUCUUCCGGUCAUCUUGAAGACGUACGGCUAAAGAUCCACUCCCCGAUCUCCGUUGCCUGAUCGAGAUCUCGCUCUCCCACUGAGCAAGAUGAAGCAGCAGAAGAAGGAGCCAUAGAGGAAGGAAGGAGGGAGAGAGAUUAGGGUGGCGGAGGAGCAGCGGUGGUCCGGAAAAGAUGUUCCCUCAAUUCGGGCCGACGGCGGCGAGCAUAACUAAAGCGUCGACUAUGGUGUUCAGGAUCGGAACGGAUGCCCACCUUUACGACGACCCAGAGGACGUGAGCAUCGGGCCCCUCCUCGACAGCAAAUUCGACUCGGAGAAGGUCGAUGCCUUGAAGCGCCUCCUCGCGCUCAUCGCCCAGGGUUGCGACGUCGUCAAUUUCUUCCCUCAGGUUGUUAAAAAUGUUGCAUCUCAAUCAUUGGAAGUGAAGAAGCUCGUCUACUUGUAUCUACUGCAUUAUGCGGAAAAACGACCAAAUGAAGCACUGUUAUCCAUUAAUUGUUACCAGAAGGACUUAGCAGAUCUGAACCCAUUGGUACGUGCCUGGGCUCUUCGUGCAAUGGCAGGUAUUCGCUUACAUGUUGUAGCUCCUCUUGUUUUAGCAGCUGUUGGGAAGUGCGCUCGAGAUCCAUCUGCAUAUGUUAGGAAAUGUGCUGCUAAUGCCCUUCCAAAGUUGUAUGAUUUGCGUCAGGAGCAAACCUAUGGUUCUAUUGAAGAGCUUAUUGGAAUCUUGCUGAACGACAAUUCACCUGGUGUUGUUGGAGCUGCUGCAGCAGCAUUUAAUUAUAUUUGCCCCACUAAUUUGGUGCUGAUAGGCAGAGGAUUUCGCAGACUCUGUGAGAUUCUUCCUGAUGUUGAUGAAUGGGGACAGAUAAUCUUAAUUGGGAUUCUUCUGCGAUAUGCUGUGGCAAGAUAUGGCCUUCCAAGUAGAUCAUCUGUUGGUGUAUCUUCUGAGAAUCGGAGCUCAUUUUCUAAAACAAUUUCUGUAAAUGUGGAUGCUUUACCUGAAAAUCGUUUUGGAAUGACAGAAGGACAAGUUGAUGAUUCAAAUUUUAUUUCGUUGUUGUUCAGUUCUUAUGUGGAAGGACAAGAUGAGUUCUUGUUAAGAUCAAACUGUACAACCAAAAGUUCAGACUUCUUAGAAAGUCCAGGUCUUUCGUGUGGUGAAAACCAUGAUGUUAAGAUUCUUCUGCAAUGUACUUCACCUCUUUUGUGGAGUCAAAACAGUGCUGUGGUCCUUGCAGCAGCUGGAGUCCACUGGAUUGUGGCUCCCAGGGAAGAUAUCAAGAGGAUCAUUAAUCCAAUUUUAUUUCUUCUCAGAUCAGCAAACUCCUCAUUAUAUGUGGUUCUGUGCAACUUAUUAGUGUUUGCAAAGGCAAUGCCUUCUCUCUUUGCACCAUACUUCAAGAACUUUUUUGUGCAUUCUUCUGAUUCAUACCAUAUCAGGGCUAUGAAGCUUGAGAUACUGUCUAUCAUUGCUACUGACUCAUCAAUUCCACUUAUUUUUCAAGAGUUUCAGGACUAUCUUAAAGAUCCAGAUAGAAGAUUUGUUGCUGAUACAGUUCAUGUGAUUGGUGAAUGUGCACAACGGCUUCCAAAAGUUUCUGCUACAUGCUUGGAAGGACUUUUGAAUUUGAUCAGACAAGAGUCCUCUGAAAAUAUCAUGAAUAUGGAAGAAGAGGGAGCUGUGCUAUCGCAGGCAGUGGUUGCCCUCAAAACAAUUGUAAAAGACAGUCCUGCUAAGCAUGAAAAGGUGAUUAUCCGUCUCGCUCGUUGCUUAGAUAUAAUCAAGGUCCCUGCUGCUCGUGCUCUGAUUGUUUGGAUGAUAGGAGAAUAUUGUACAGUUGGGCGUGACUUUCUGCAGACGAUACCUGUCAUACUUCAAUAUCUUGCUCAACACUUCAGUUCGGAAAACAUGGAAACAAAGCAACAAAUCCUUAAUACAACUGCUAAGGUCGUAGUAUGUUCCCAAACUGAAGAUAUGCAUACAUGCAUCAAGGUGCUUAUUUAUGUACUGGAACUAGCAAGGUGUGACUUGAACUAUGAUGUGCGUGAUCGUGCACGCAUUGUAAGUAAACUUCUAGCAUGCCAUGUCAAUUCUCAAAAUGCUGAAGGCGGCAGAACCCAUCCUGUUCUAAAUCCAAGCUUGCACUAUGAGCUUGCAGAGAGUAUGCUGGGAAGGAAAGUGAAACCAAUUUCACAUGUUCCAGCUUGCAGUCGCUUUUAUCUUCCUGGAUCUCUUUCACAUAUUGUGCUGCAUCCUGCUCCGGGCUAUGAAUCACUUCCCAAGCCUUGUAGUCUUGCAAAUGUUGACCUUCAUUGUAGCCUGGAGGAUCUUCAUGAGGAAAAGGUGACUGGUGACAAAUGUAAUUCUCCUGGCUCAAGUUAUACUGAGAAUGGGUCAAGUGAUUCUGACUCAUUGUCAGGAUCUUCAGAAAAAGAGAGAUCAGAUUAUGAUUCUCAAGGGCCUGAUUCUAAUGAAAAUGAAGGGGCUGCCUCUGUUGACGGUGGAAGGGGUAAUGGUACUAGCAGAUUACUCCUUGCUGAUGUUGAGGACAUGCAGACCUCAGGUGCACUAAUACAUUUUUCAGAUGUUGAUGCUGAGUAUAACGAACUGAAUCAAGCUGCAGACGGCAAUGGUUCUUCAUCGUCUCAUCUGAAUGUUUCUGAAUUGUUAUCUAAGGAAAAGCUGGAGUCAUGGUUGGGACAACAACAAAGCAUGUCUGAGCCAAGGUGUCCAGCAGAAGGGAUUUCAUUACCUUCUACAGCUAGAAUUACAAUAAGGGAGACUGACCUAACAAUCAAACCCAAAGUCCAUAAACUGUUAGACCCCACGAGUGGGAAUGGGUUGGGUGUUGAAUAUUCUUUCUCCUCUGAGGUUUCAGGCAUUUCUCCAGAACUUGUUUGUUUGGAGAUUUACUUUGAGAACCAUUCUACUGAACCAUUGACAAAAAUAUCUGUGAUGGAUGAAGGUUCAAGUAAAAGUCAAGACAGUGUGGCUCAAAAACUUGAAAUAGCUGAAAUCUCAGUGACGCCAACUCAGAUGCAAGGGAUAGUUCCAAUGGAGGAAAUUCCCUGUCUUCAUCCUGGUGAAGGAAUCAAAAGAUUUUUGCAUGUCCGUUUUCACCAUCAUCUCUUGCCUAUCAAGAUUUCUAUAUGCUGCAGUGGCAAGAAGUAUCCUGCUAAGUUGCGGCCAGACGUGGGAUAUUUUAUAAAGCCGCUUUUCUUGGAUUUGAAAACUUUUGUUGAUAAGGAAUCUCAGCUUCCUGGAAUGUUUGAAUAUACUCGAAGAUGUACAUUCACUGCCCACAUUGGUGAUCUGCAUUCUGAGAGAUUUGAUGGCUCUGCAAGCAGCGACAAGGUUCUUGUGGUGGCCCAGAGGUUAGCAUCAGAAAUACUCAGCAAUGCAAAUAUUUCACUGGUCGCAGUUACCAUACCAGUCUCUGUAACUGAUGCUCAUGUGAAGGACGUUGAUGAUGUUUCUGGCUUGUGCUUGCGAUUUGGUUGUGAAAUCUCUAGUAGUUCUAUUCCCUGUCUGCUUACUGUUACUGCUGAAGGUAGAUACAGUGGACCUCUCACAGUUGUAUUAAGAAUCAACUGCGAGGAAAGCAUAUUUGGUUUAAACUUGUUGAAUAGGAUAGGUGCAGUAUUUGCUUGAGGUUUAUAAUGAAGAUGUGCCCAAGAUUCAGAUAGAAGUAUGGUUUGCUAUCAUUCAGUUUUUGUGUCAGCAACAUGUUCUUUUUGUGGUGGCAAUAUUUGAUUUUAGCGACAAAGCAAGGAAUCGGGUCAGAAGUGGUGAACUUUGGAGGCUCAAAAGGUCGUUUUGGAUUUUCUGAGAGUGAGGAGAAUGAUCAUGGAUCUUCUGAUCUUUUUUGCAAGAUAUGUUGGGUCUGCAUAUAGUUGGUGCAGGGAAACGUCUAGUGGUUUUUUACGACUAAAUGGGUCUCACACGUGAGUAACUUGGAAAAGCUAUGGAUGCUUCUGCGCAGUCACUGAGUGAACAUGGAAAAGCAAAGGGGCUUACUGGGAAAUAGAUAUCAGUUGCAAACCUAUGAAGGGUUCAGCUCUGGUAGCAAUAAUGUAGAAUAGCUUAUUAGUUAGAUGAAUAUACUUGAAUUUCUUGGCCAGAUGAGGAAGGGCCCUUGUAACACAUUUAUGGGUAACAGUGUGGGGCUGACGCUCAGGAUCUCUUGGUUCAUUUCAUGCAACAUUGAGCAUCCAAUGACUGGACCCAUGAAAAAGCGGUGAUGCUUCAGAAUUUUUUUUAGAGGAAGAAGCGUCCAUGCAUUACACGGAAAUGUGUUUUGUCGUGUUCUCCCUGUAACUAGCUGAUACUAGAGAAUGAUGUCGUUUGAGGAGCAAAUGCUAUUCUUGCAAAUAUGCCGGUUUUUGAGUUGUUCGGUUGAGACUUUA